GCUUUUGGCUAAAGUCUCCUACCUACGUCUCUGGUGAGAGUGGAAUAGGGAGCAGGAGGAGUGAAAGAAUUCAGUAGUGUAGCGGUGCGCUAUAGUGCGCCAUGCGGUGUAUUGUCUAUGUACGUAAUAAUCGCGUGUGGUUCUCCUCUUCCUUUCCUGAGACCAUAAUCAAUUGAAAUUCUUAAAAACGUAGCUCUGUGUCGUAUUAUAAAAAUCAAAAAUUAAAAAAAAAAUUUAUGAUAUAAAUGGGCGAUGGACCAUUUCAAGCGCUCCAUCAUUUUUCCUAAAUUCAACAAAGGAACGCGUUCGUAAUGGAUUAUCGGACAUUACAGUGAAAUUCAUCGUGAUUCACGAGAAGCACAACAUUUUCGGCAAGGCUUCCACGACGAGAGUGCGAAAUGGUUUCGAUAAUUAAAAAUCAACUUCUUAAACAUCUGUCAAGAUUCUGCAAAAACCUUUCGGCAGACAAAAUCAAUUUAAGCACAUUCAAGGGAGAAGGGGAGCUCAAUAAUUUGGAGCUGGAUGAAAUUGUUCUCACCGAUUUACUGGAAUUGCCAUCCUGGCUGAGACUGACUAGUGCUUGGUGCAACAAAGUCACCUUUCGUAUACAAUGGACAAAACUCAAAAGCGUUCCAAUAUUCUUGCGGUUGGACGAAGUUCACAUAGAAGUGGAAACAUGCGAGGAUCUCCGCAGCCCUUGCUCACCUCAAGGGACUGCAACCCUUGCUGGUUCCACGAAAUAUUCCUUCAUUCACAAAGUCAUUGACGGCAUUACUGUUGCCGUUAACUUGGUCUCAGUUACAUUCAAAAGUCCUGCAUUUGUCGCAUCUGUACAGAUCUCGAGGAUAAUGGUUGAAUCAAAGUCACCAAUGUGGCAACGUUGUGAUCUUCGGAUGACAAGGGUGAAAGAUCCUGAACGUGGGCAGCUAUUAAUUUUCAAAGAGCUCGAGUGGCAAACUGUUCGAAUCGAGGCUCAAAGUACCAAGGACAGGGCGCUUACUCCUUUAAGACUACUCACUAAUCAAGCCCGGUGUCGAAUCACAAUUAAAAAGAGAAUAUCUGACUGUUUUGUAAUGGGCUCGCGUCUCGUACUUAUUCUCGAUGACCUUCUGUGGGUGUUGACGGACUCGCAGUUGAAGGCUGCACUUCACUUUAUGGAUUCACUUGGCGAUCUUGUCGAACGAGCUACAGUCCUCGAACGCAAAACAAAAGCUGCUAGAAAACUUGAGGUUUUGCCGGAAUAUCAAGCCCAAAUAUCACAACAAGCCAGAACGAAAGUUCCGCCAAAUAGUCUAAUAUCGAAAAUGUUCACGAGAUACGAUGUUGUUGAAACUUCUUAUCACUUCUUGUCGCAACGAAUAGAUCUCCAUCUUUGCGACGAUCCUGGAGCCGGGAGAUCGCUGCAUCCUGACCUCAAGGACGGAGGCGCUUUACAAGUGUCACUUGUGAAGUUUCAAAUUGAUUAUUAUCCUUAUCAUCUGGCAAUUGCGGAUAGAAAACAUUGGGCGAAGUACAAAGAGAAUGCAACGCCUCAUAGUCAGUGGCUCCAGCAAUCCAUGAACUCUUUUCGUGGUCAAUUUAUGGACUUUAUCGAUAUGGGUCGAAAUCAACAUUCACCGCUUCGGAAUCAAAAGAAUUUUACAGGAAAUCAACGAUCCAUGUCAGAGGAUUCUGAGCGACAUUCCCAUCAACAAAUGUCGGGUCAAAAUCAAUCGGAAGCUAAAAAACCGUCCCAACACUCGAGCGGCAAUCCCGUGAAAAAUUACGUUCUCGAACAACUCGCCAAGCUCAUGACUACUUGUAUGAUUAUCAAGAUCGACGACUUUACAAUAUUUAAGGUUACAAGCUCGACCAGGAAACCGACAACGAAAGAAUUUAUUGCAGCUCAAACGAGGAAGAAGCAUACACAAGGUGAUCGCGACAAAUUUUGUCUUCCCGAGGAUGUAACGAUCGUUCAUGCUGAAUUCACUUAUUAUUAUUAUCCUGGAGACAUCACAUUCCCACUGCCACCACCCAAAUUCUACGUUCAAUUGAAUCCGAUACAGGUCAACUACGACAUUUGUUCAUGUUUGUGGUUCAAUUCGUUCGCACUCAAUCUCUACCAUUCACUAAUUGCCGGUACGGAAAAAAGUAAUAACGCCGUUUCCUCCUCCAAUCUUAUGUACUUUGACGUCAAACUGGAGGCCAUUCUACCGAGGAUAGUGUUCGAGGGUCAGCACGAUUAUCCGAAUCAGAGGGACCGACCGAAGUCAUUGCACAUUCAAACAUCGCGUGUAUCGAUCACGAAUGUUCGAUCGAACGAGAGAUCGUCACGGGCUGAUUUGGCAGCCUGUUUGAAUGCUUUUCAAAUGGCUCAAAUGUUUUUUGGUGCUGAAUUUCCGAGCAAAGAGUCCGACUUUCACGUCGUGACUGAAAAAUUUCUCGAUCAUUGUGCAGGAAGAGACAACGUGAGAACGUAUCCGGUAAAUGCGAGCUGCAACAGCGUGAACGAAUUGAUACGCCAGGUGAAUCGUGAAUUAUUAUGGACCGAGGCGAAGGAUGUUUGGUGUUGUAAUUUGGAGCCAGUUUGGGGCGAUUUCUACGGGGCGCGUGCGGUAGGUUCGACGCGCCCAGUACCGUUUCUCGACGCAUUUCCUUUGACCAUUUGGUUGCACGUGAACACGAGUCAAGAUGAUGGAACAAUGACGACAAAAAAAAAUGGGGAAACGAAUACAGCUGCGGAUAUUCACGGACUUGCUUACAUAAGUAAUCUCGUGAGCGUGCAAAUAAAUCACUAUCAGUACUUGUUCCUGCUGCGGCUUUCAGAAUCAAUAGGAGAAAUGGCGACGUAUCUCGUGGUUGAUUCGAACAAAAUAUUGAAGGUCGAAACUGGUGGCUCCGUAGCGAUUGGGGCGCUCGUCCCCCAGAUAGAAGUGACCUUCAUAACACCAUCGCAAACUCCUGGAAAAGAAAAUUCUGGAGGUGAUUUAGAGUCGGUAGUACCGGACUCGUCGAGCAUCGCUGACGACCUCGUUACUGGAAAUUUGGCUUGGCAACACACGGCGGCAAAUGCUCGAGGAGAGUUUGGAGCUAAACGCUUGAAUACGAGCAACGACGUGGAAACCCCACAGAGUGAAGUUGCAUCGAUGCUUUCCAUGGAUUUUCCACACUCGAAUUGUCCAUUAUCGACCACUGUUACCUUCAAAAGCGAGGAUCAUCAUCCUUUAAGAUUCGAGCAUGACUCACGACUUCAAAUUCACCCCUCAACACAAUCCGAACUUGAAACAAUACCCAAAAAUUCCAUCCUUAAAAGUCCCAACAUAAAAAAUGAUAAUUCUUCUACACCACCACCUUUCAUCCCGAAUAAUUUCAACGUCGGUCUCUCAUCCAUGAAAAAAGGUUUCGCCAACCUCAUGACCUCCAUCGAUUCUGCACUCAAAGCCUCGCCCGAGGACGGCAGCAGUGAUACAGUCUCCAUGCGCAGUGAUAUUAGCUCUGACAGCGAAAACUAUAUCGUUGUUUCCCUUGAGGAACAAGAAAAAAUGGACGUUUUCGGUAGUCUCAAUCCCAUUGGCAUUACCACCGUCGAAGAAGCACGCGAAGUCGUUGUUGAGGAAACACCCGAUACCCAGAGCGAAAGGUCCAUGGACAGUGUGUGCAAGAGGAAAGAUCUCGUUUCAAUGACGACUUUCAAACUAUCAAAAAUGGAAUUAAUCCAACAAUCUUCAGGCUUUGCGUCUUCAUUGAAAGUGCAAAUAUCGAAUAUAGCAAGUGAGGAAUGUUCUUCGAUACCGUGGGACGAAUUUCAGGCCAAAAGAAAGACAAAGUUUAGCUCGCGUUCGAGAGGCUGGGUCGAAUUACCAUCGGAUGCCGAUUGUCGUGCACGAAUAAAGCUCCGCCUCGAUCACGGAUUGAAGAACAAAGAAGACUCCAGGAGACUGUCCCAGGCGAGCCAGUGCACAAUCGGUGAACUCAGCAGCCGGAGAUCCUCUCAGGAAAAAACAAUCACUUCCAACAUUUGCGACAUUGACUUGCAUGAUAAGCAGGCUCUUAUGGACAUGUUCGAGGACACACUUGAAAUUCGAGUUGCUGACGUUCCCUUGGUACUUUCCAUGAGCUCCGUCACCGGGCUCGCUGAUCUUGCAGAGGACGAAAUAAUACCAAAACCCAUACCAAUGGAGUUACUGUUGGAAAACAUAACACUUCGACUGAACGAGGAUCGUCCACCCAAUAACAUCACUUCUCCUGGACCAAUUCCGAUUGAUCUGAAUAUAUCAAAAACCAGAAUAUCCAGGGAUGCGAGCGGCAUUUUUUUCAUAGGCCCGACAGUGAGCACUCUUGGUGAGGGAAGUUCGAACGGGACGUUGUCGAGUGGUCAAAGUUCAAGGGACGUAGAGCGUGAUUUGGAGCUAAUGUCGUUACGACAAUCGAGCAAAUCUAUGAAAUCAGAGAACGAGGAAUUGAGACGCCGUAUCACAACGCUGGAACGUUUGUCCGAGGAAAAUUCGCGUCUUCGACGAGUCGAAGUGGAAUCCGAUUCGUUGAAAUCGCGAUUGACCGCGGCUCAAGAUGAUAUAAAUCGUUUGUUGAAGGAAAAGCGCGUACUACAGGAAACGAUAACCGACCUACGCGAUCAAAUGUUACGGAUGAACGAGCCUGGAAACAGUAAUAGAGCGUCGUGGUCGAUCAAAAGAUAGCACACCGGAUGUUUCGAUUGUACAAAUUGUUGUAGCGCAAACAAAUCAUAAUUCAUCGUGUUUCACGAUUGUUGUCGUCGUAUACGUUUGCCACUUGAAAGAGCCUUCGGAGAGAUCCAGAGCUCAUAGUUUCCGGGAUAUCGCGACUGAAGCAAGAGCCUUCGUCAGAUCGUGGAAUUCUGAAAAGAAUUUCUUUUAGAGAUUCCUUUUCGAUGCACUGUUCUUGAAAUGUUCAUUGAUUCGUAACGGUGAAUUUUAAACGGUGAGAAACUACAUCGAGGAAGGGAAGCAACAGUCGGGCCCUUAUUUAUGCCCACGUUCAAAUUAACUCUUCUGAUUGAUAAAUUUUUCUUAGAUCAUAUUUCUCACGAACGGUGGAUAAAAAAUGAACUCUUAAAAGCACUUUUUUCUUAGGAAUUUCAGGAAUCGUGUGAUCCUUCACAGCCAAAACUCGAGAUUUCUAGGACUGCGUUUUCAUGAGCGAAAUUCACGACGACAAUACUUUGUACCGGUAAACAUUUCAUUGUUUUUUUGCAGCUUCCGAAAACCCCUGUCGGGACGGAAGAUCAUUUAAAAAAAAAAAAAAUCUAGAGUCGCAGUAUUGACUCCAGAAAAGCACAUUUUUUUCCUGAAUUUUGCCUUCAGUAAAUUCUAAGGCUGGUUCACGCGCUCCUAAAUGUGCUAGGAGAAAACACUUUCUUUCGAUUCGUUACGCCGACCCGUCAAGGUUUUUAAACACUCGGAUUCUUUAGAAUCACUCCAUUUUUUAUCCGAGAUUUUCCGACUUGAACAUAGUAAAGAGAGUCGAGAUCUGCGGAUUUGGGCCUCCUUCAUUCGGCCAGGUUACCUUGGAAGGGUGAAUGCGGUUAAUAUCGCACUAAGGCGCGUCUAUAUGCCUUUCCAUCGUUUUGAAUUUUCCGUAGCAGCCAUAUACGAGAAAAUUCAAGAUGAAUGCUCGAGCCGAUGUGAUUCUUUACGGCUCAUUGUGAAUAUUUCUAGGGAAGUUUUUCUUCAAAAACUAAAAAAAUCUAGAAAUAUACUGUUUCUUGAAAAUUUGGGAAAAUAUACAUGUCUCACUUUUGACGAAAAAACCGAGGUAAUAUUUGAAAGAAAAAAAAAUGAAAUGCAGUGUUGUAGAUACGAAAAAUUUGAUGUUACUGAAGGAGGAAUUUUUCUAUACGACUCCUGGCAACCACUUUGUGGAAUAAUUAUUAUGGUGAAUUGAAUAGGGUUGCAAACACACCCUCAUUGAAUCGCGCGGUUGUGGCAAUACGGUGAAUCCCCAACUUUUCUACCAGUUGUUUUAGUUUAUAUUUUAUAUUGUCAAAUUUUUUAGUGCGUUAUAGAAUCGAUUUAUCUUGAAUCGUUAUUCCAGAAGCCUCGUUGUUUUUGAUUCUUCCUAUUUUUUGUAGUCUCUGCUAUGUUUACAAUUUCAAAGUAUAUAUUUUAAUUCUCUUAUUCUUCCUACAGCGGGCUUAAGAAAUUUUGUCUGCUUUUUUGUUACCUCGUUGACUGCCAUUUUGAAAUGAGUUUAACGACUUCACUUUUAGUUUGUUUUUCAUUCUUACUUUAUUAGAACUCAUAGAAAUUACUGGACGUUGAAAAGCAUAGCUAAUGAAUAAAAGACAGUCUACUAUUUUCUUUUCUCUGUUAUCAAUUUAGCAAUAAUUAUUUUUUUCGCUAGAAAAUUUGCAGGAUUCUAGAAAUUGGAAUUUACAAUGAGAAUUGAGACGAGAUCGAUGGUAAAGAUUUGAAAGUUGACCGAGCCAGCCAAGGUCGUGGCAUAUUUUGGAUUGAUUAAGACCGAAGAAAAUUAUUCGGACAAUGUAUAGGAUUUGAAGAAUUCAGGCGAAGAAAACAUAUCUAGAUAGACGAGAAGAUGGUAUUUUUUGUUGUUUUUUUCGAUUAAGAGCUCGUACGGGUUCCAUACAAUCUUCGCAAUCCUUGUUUACCUCAUUAAAAAAUCAAAGAUCUCGAGAAUAAUUAAGGUGGUGAUAUAUACACAUAUAUACACAACAUAUACAUAUACACUUAUAUAUGUAUAUUAAUAAAUUUAUUUUCAGAUGCUGAUGAAAAGACUGUACAAACGUUCAAAGUUUUAUCGUAGCUUAAGCCCUGAUAUUCAUGACUAUGUAUGUGUGAAAACAGGGACAAAAGAAAAACAAAGAUGGAAGGAAUGAAAGAAUGGAAUAUGCAGGAAUUGUGGAAUUUAAUGUUUUCCUUCCUAAUGAAAUAAAUUCCAGAUGAGGUUUUUGAA